AUGGACUCUCCUCAAAAUAACCAACAACUUGGUCGCACCACCAACCGCCUCGCACUUUAUCAGCAACAAAUCUCCCCCGCCCCGCACACCAAAGACUCAGAAAUCAAGAAACCAGCCAUGGCAGCACGCGACCCCAUCACCUGCCAUUGUCUCAACACUCUUUCGGGAACACCCGCAGCCAACCUACCAGUUACGCUGACCCUCCUCUCCACCCCGACAUCCACCGCCAGUGGCAUCUCAUUCCGCGCAACCACAAACGCCGACGGCCGCGUCGCCAACUGGACACCAGUCGGAACAGCCUCAGGGUCAGUGCCUGCUAUUUUGGCUGCGCUGCCUGCUGCAGACAGCAAGACCAACUGGUCUGUGCGGUUUGACGUAGGCCCCUGGUACGAGGCACAGGGUGUCGAGAGCUUCUGGCCAGAGGUUGAGGUUAAGUUCACUGUCAAGGGACGUGGCCGUGAGGAUGAGGAGGGCUGGCGCCAUUAUCAUGUUCCUGUCCUUUUGGGUCCUUGGAAUUACUCGACUUAUCGGGGUUCGUGA